UUCAUCUCUGACCGUUCAUUUCCUGUUCCCUGUUUAGCUGAGCAAUUACCAUUUUGUGAGAAAUAGGGUCAACGUAACGGUCAGCCCAUCAAUGGGCCUGCUGAUCCACAACCUGUAUCAGUGCAGUGCGCCAUGCAGUAGCAAGCACAAGGAUGUUACUGAGGAUGAGAAUAAUCUCCAGGAUGACAGGCAAUGCUAUCAGCCUCAGAGAGUCGGCCCAGCGCUAGUCUUCAAGCCGGCAGCCUCAGGAGGAGAAGACGAUGGAGUGGAUAGCGGAUGGCGAAACGGACCGCUCUGCCACCCAUACAGACCGUCCUAUUUGCCUGGAAGAAACCUGGGUCAGCCGGAACACGCAAGGCCAGAACCAUACUCACUGUGUUCGUUGACAAACAGCACCACAACCAGUGGCAGGUCUUAUCUACUAGCCGUUACCGAAACGGAUACAAAGUUGGGGGAGUUAAUUACCUCCAGCACAGCAUGGAUUCUCUUCUUAUACAGCAGUGCGGAGUGCUAUAAACAAAUCAACGGAACCUGGUUCUACCAACGACCGAACUGCACUGCAGCCACGUUUAACAAGUCAGAAGCAUUGAGAAGUUUCCUGCGCGAGGGUCAGCAUCAAUCAAGCGCUGCCCGUCUGGCUGACAAAAUCAAAGCGAAUCCCAAGGAGAUCUCCAACGUUGUGAUCGCCGGUCCCCUGCUCCUCUCGCCCUGGGCACACUUCAGCGGCAUCACGUGGAAUGAUGAGGCAACGAGCAACACCAAUGCUACGCACGUGUCAGAUCUGACCUUGUACCCAUCUCCUGGAGAGCACCUGAUCAUUAACAUCGGCACGUAUGAUGACCUGCUCACUGCGACCACGGCUCGGCUCAAAGUGCAGGUGCAAUCCCAGGACGGGGACGGGGGUGCUUUCUUGCUGAGAUACGGGUCACAGUACAGCGGAGCGUACGACAAACUGGAUGAAUACUACACGUCUGGCUCACGUUUUGCAGGAAUUGCAAUCGGAGGAAGUGUCGGUGCGACGGGCCAUCUUCAGUUUACUCUUGUUCACAAGCCAAACAAGAGAAAUUUGACCAAUACCUUUAAGGAAUUUCAACUGUCAGUGCCUUUUGAACUCCGGCCUUGUCACAAAGGAUUCCAAGUACAUCAUGGGAAUAUGACGUGUGUCUGCUCGGAUGAAAACCUAGCCAUAAAAAGUUGUUCGCAGGGCCGGUUUGUGACGUACUAUCGUGGCUACUGGGCUGGGAACACAACCAUUGCAGAACACAUUCAAAAUGUUGGUGAUGAUCCAGGUGUUAUAGAAGCAGAGACGGAUCCUGCCGAUGUCACGUCCAAUUUCAAGUCCACCUGGGCAUUCGAGGCUUUCGUGAAUUAUGACUUCACGGAUGAGCAAUGCACGAGUGGACUGUGCCAGCACCACGAUUGGUUGUUAGGCAAAAACAACGCGUGCAUUCAACAAGGGGCAGGGAUCCUAUGUGGACGAUGUACUCCGGGAACAAGGCUGAACCUGGCCACUUCGGGAUGCAUGGACUGUUCAAAAGCAAAGGUGACCAUUCCUCUGCCUGUGUAUAUCACCAUGAUCAUUCUGCUGACGAUUCUCAGCUCGGGCUUGAUGUUCUAUUUCAACAUCGGUCUCUCACCGGUGCUGGAUAGCUGGUUGUUCUUUUUUCAGACAUCUUGGUACAUCUUCCCAAAAGAUCAAACGCUUGUCUACAGCAGCAUCUACACUGUUUUGACAUUCGGACUUGGUCACAUGUGCCCCAGCAGUCAGCUACAUCGUCUCCAAAUCACCGCUCUUCUCCUCCUGCAACCAAUCACACUUCUUCUUAUUUUCCUGGUUAUGCGCGUAGCAAGAUCGUACAACUACCUUGGAACCCGCCUGGCGAGACUGCAAAGCCACAUGAAACUAGUGCGGGUCAUGUGGUUCGUUCUUGUCUACAGCUACUUCAUGCUCACCUUCAACUCGAUCAGUGUCUUUGACUGCGUCCGCGUUGGUGAAAAUAAAGCUAGGCGGGUUUUGGCCAUGGAUGGGUCCAUUGACUGCUUCCAGCAUCCGCACCUGGUCUAUGCAAUCGCUGCCGGUGUGAUACUGGUGUUCGUAAUUUUACCACCACCUGUCAUAUUACUACUCCGGCCGUUUCACGGACAUCCGCACCUGAAGGGCUUCGUCGACGAAGCAUGCUCCAUGUACCGGGACAGUUGCAGAUGGUGGUCGGCGGUGAACCUGCUGCGACGAGUGGUCAUGGCGCUGCUGGGCUCGGCUUGGCUGUGGGGUGAGGUAUCACGUCAGCUGAUCACAUGCAGCAUGCUGCUGUUGUUGCUGAUGAUGCAUACACAUUUCAGACCAUUGCGCCAAGGCAAGUUUCUCUUCAUCACGUACAACAACUGGGAAUCGUUUCUUCUCUACCUGGUCUUGAGCAUCUCCGUGCACCAGAUCGUCAUGUACUUGUCCAUCCAACAUACGAAAGAGUUGAACGUGGUUGCCAUGACGUUCUACCUGGCCCCCACCUGUCUGAUUCUGCUCGGCUGCCUGUGGAACCAGUGCUUCUCCAAACGAGGCGGUUACGGACGCUUGAGCUACCUUUCCCUGCGACAUCUCUGGUACCAGCGCAGACGCCCUGGUCGCGCAAGAGCCGCCACACAGCUCGACCAUACUGCAUUGGUGAAUUUGCUGUGUGGAGCCAGAGAACCACUACUGGUGGAUCAGAUCAGAGAUCAACAAAAAGGCACGUUUUGACAACACACAUACAUGAUGACAACUGAGGUUGUUUGCACAAAUAAGCGGGCGUAGAGCACGACACAUAAGCUGUUAUUCGGACUGUACUCAUGGCAAAAAAUCACAAUAUUCACAAAUACAUUCCUUUCCUCUCGUCCGUUCCCCCCCCCCCCCCCCACACACACCUUCAAGAUUGUGUGCUGAGAAAAUGAAAAAUAAUUGGCGACCACUCAAGAUAAUUUUUUAAACACUCCACGUUACAGCUGCUAUGUGACUCAAGAUAUCUUGGAGCAAUAUUUCAGGCACGAACUUCUUGUCUGUUUCAUAAAUCACCUGACCAGCAUCAUUCAUUGUGACUUCAAUUGCUCACAUGUUGCAAGUGUGUGUCUUGAGACUUGCAUCUUCACCAUCCAUAGUCCUUCAAUAUGGAAUCCACAUACUGCCCUCUCCAUAUUUUUAGUACGGAAUUAUAUAGCUGACAAAGUACCAUUUUUUCUUUUCUUUUGCUUCACAUUAUCAUAUUCAUCAAUUAGUAGGAGCCGUGGUUGGCUCUGGCCAUCCCGGCAAGAAGGUAGAUAUGCCUGUUCGAUUGGUCAAUUAAAAUUAAAACACCAUACCACUUGCCUUCACACCAGUCUUACACAAUAACUUUGGCGGUCAUUCUGCUUAUCAUAGUUGUAACAUGAACUGCGCUGAGCACGACCACAUCCAAGCAUGAUUCCCUUGCUUCAUCACUCUGUCAUGAUGGUCACCAGUGUAGCCGAUGCUACCCCAUUCUGU